UUCUUGAUACAGUGUCUCUAGAAGAAGGGAUUCUAGCUUUGCUGAAUGCAUUGGAUGAGCUUUAGUGGAGGCGGUAAUGUUUUUGCAAAUGGUGUUGGGAUUUGGGCUGAAGUCGAGGUUUGAUGAGGAGUUCUUGAGAAAGCUUGUGGCAGAGAAUGCAUCAAGGAGGGAUAUAGCGAAGCUUGCAGCUGCUAUUGAUUUUGGAGAGAAAAUGGGAGAUAUAAUUGAUGAAUUGGUGAAGAAUGGGAAAGAGAUAGAGGCUGUAUAUUUUGCUUCUGAAUCUGGUUUGACGAAAAGAUUUUCUCCUGUAUCUCUACUCAAGUCAUAUCUUAAGAAUUUCAAGAAGAUCACAACUACUGUCUUGAAGAAUAGCAAUUAUAAUGCAGCUGCAACGGAUGAGUCAAGUACCUUGGAGUUGAAUUCUAUUAAAGCAAUCAUCAAAUGUGUGGAAGAUCAUAAUCUUGAAUCAGAAUUUUCCCUUGACAGCUUGGGAAAACGGGCUUCUCUGCUUGAAAAAACCAAAGCAGAGAGGAAGAGGGGUACGUCAGCUGCCACUGCUACCAAGUCUCGAAACAAGCGAGGCUAUGGUUCAAGUGGUGCCCGGGACAGUGGACCUACUCCUUAUCGUAAGGCCAAAGCUGCCAAAUUUUCAAACAAUUAUUCCUCUUUCAGCCGCAGGAAUGCUGCUCCCCCUGCACA